AUGGAAUUUCAUCUCUUCCCCAAGCUCCCCGCAGAACUUCGCCUCGAAAUCUGGCGCCUCUGCCUACCACACCUGGUCCUCGAGCUUGACAACCCCUUUAGCAUCGUGGUUUACAUACGUCAACGCUACUUCCCCUGCAUCCUCCAAAAGACAACUCAGAUCAACGGCCACAAGCCCCUAAUUGCCCUCGUCUGCCGCGAGGCCCGAGACGUAGCCUAUAAAGCCGGCCACGAGUUCGAUCCCACACCCGACAAUCCCGUCGCCUGGGCGUCAGGCACCUCACUGUACCAGCGGCUGGAUCCAGCGCGCGACACGGUCCAUCUGAACUGGGAGCCCGCAUACGGGGCGGACUACAACAGCAGCGGCGACCAUCCCGUCGAAUUCCUGGCGUGGGUUGCCUCCACCACCAAGCUUAAUGGCGCCUCGUUCAUGUUUGGCCAACUGUCCUCCGUCAACCACCCGCCGUCUCGGGUCCUCGCUCUACGGCCUUCCUGGAGGGUUGUGGUUUACGUGGUAGUCAUACACGCGGGCCGCAAGGCAGGCGCGGAAUCAGAGCUAUUCGGGCUUCUGGGUGAUGCGCACAUGCAGAUCAUUGAUGUUGCGAGUCGAGACAGGGUCGACGCGUACUUUCGACUUUUCGAGGCAUGCAGGGGCAAUGAUCCAUGCCCGCAGGAUAUUUCAAGGGAAUUGGUUAAGGCGGUGCCCGCGCGACUACGGGAGAGGAUAGCUAAGGUAUUCUGGAAGGAGGGGGCACCUCCAACUCUGCUGGUACCGGCUAUCAUGUUUCGCUUUUAUACGGGGCGGCGCUAUCGUACUGGGGCGCGGGAGCUGGAGAGUUGGGAUGCGCGAGAGGAGCGGAGGAAAACGAACCCUUCGCCUCCGUCGGACUUGAAUCGGGGACGGGGAAGGGGACGGCGGCGGGUGGUUUGUCCGGGUCCUAGUGAAUAA